GUUUUAGUCAUUGUCAUAGUCUCAUUGUUUGUAAAUGGGACGUAGGCUAUUUGUUAGGUCAUGAAGAUCACGUGACUAAGUAAAAAUAGAACUAGGCUAAUAGUAGAUUGUUUCAUAAGCUGGUACAUAAUUAAAAGUUAAUUUUGUGAAAAUGUUGCCAGCUCUCUAUAAAUUUUAAUGGCUUUGACAUAUGAAAAUGCAUGUUAAGAAAAAGAAAAAGGAUUAUCCCAAGAAUAUUAUUGCUUAAUUAAAAGCUAUUAGAAUAACAAGAGCUUAUUAUUGCAGAAUAGUAUUAUCAAGUGAACAAAAGCAAUUUAUCAACAUUUACCAACUAAAGAUUAAAAUCUCACAUCGACCAUCCAAGAUGUCUUUUUUGAAAUUCAGACUUUUGCUUUGGAAAAAUUUCCUGAUCCAAAAAGGGAAGCCAGUGGCUACGUUGUUUGAGAUUGGGCUUCCAACUCUCUUCUCUCUAAUCCUGAUGGUUCUCAGACUUAGAGUGGAGGUGACUCCACAUCACGACAUCACCCAGUGGACACAGUGUCCCUAUCAACAACUUGAGACUGAGAUUGCCCAUCUGAAACUAGCUUAUACCCCCAACAACACAGUCACUCAAAGAAUUAUGGAAAGGGUCAAGAGCACUCUAAAUAUUUCUAUAGAUGGCUUCCCCAAUGAAGAUGAUAUGGUCAACUUUAUCACUCUAGUAAACAACACUGGAACACAUCACAUUAAUAAUUCUGCCAUCUAUCUUGGCGGCAUUGUCUUUCAAAGUAAUUUUCUCAAUGACAGCGGCCAGCUGAGACCGGACAAGCAGGUCGUCUACAAGAUUCGUCUCAGUUAUGCUCCACGUGUCACUACAGGCAGUGGCGGUAAGCUGUCUUUCAAAUCAGACACAGCAUGGUCUACAAAUUUCAUGUUUCCACCAUAUCAGAUUGUUGGGCCUAGGGAAAAAGGCAACAACUGUAAUGGAGAUCCAGGUUAUGCAAGAGAAGGUUUCCUGGCAUUGCAGCAUGCAGUUGAUGAUGCCCUCCUGAAAGAAUUGCUGUCUGAUGAACAGUGGCAACAUUAUGAAAAUGUUGAUAUCCACCUCAACAGACAUCCUUAUCCUCCUUACAAGGAAGACAACUAUGUUCUAGUCCUACAGCAGCAAUUUCCUCUAGUCAUCAUGCUGAGUCUUUUAGUUAAUGUACUAGGUAUCGUUAGGGAUAUUGUACUAGAGAAGGAGAGGAAACUUAAGGAAAGUAUGAAAAUGAUGGGCAUAAACAACUGGCUGCACUGGGUGGCCUGGUUCACCAAACACUUUCUGUUUCUUUUCAUCUCCAUUGUUAUCAUGACCAUCUUCUACUGCGUGGAACUAGACUCAGAAAAAGGUGCAGUGAUUGCAGAGACGAACCCUUUCAUCGUCUUCUUAUAUCUUCUGUGUUACUGCAUUGCCACCAUUACUUUUUGUUUUGCAGUCUGUGUCUUUUUUGCCAGAGCGAAUGUAGGGGCAGCCAUAGGAGGGAUCAUGUUUUUCUGUAUGUUCAUCCCUUACUUCUUCUUACAACAAAGAUAUUCAACUCUUAGUUUCAUGUCCAAGAUCAUCUCUUGUUUGGACUUCCAAGUGGCCAUGGCUUAUGGUGGCACAUUGCUGGGCAUGUUUGAAGGAGUGGGUUCAGGUAUACAGCUGUCCACCCUGGCAAGUGGUGUUUCUGUUGAUGACGACUUCUCUAUGGUGAUGGUAUUUGUCAUGCUGCUUGCUGACUCGGCCAUUCAUAUUCUUAUUGCUUGGUAUGUUGAGGCUGUAUUUCCUGGGGAGUAUGGUUUUGCUCAGCCUUGGUACUUUCCUUUCUUGAAAAGUUAUUGGGGAUGUUGCCCCCAGACUGCGGAACAUGUUGAUGUCGAUGAAGCUGGUAGUAUUGGACAAGAUCCAUCUAUGUUUGAAAAAGAACCCAGUGAAGUGGCUGGCAUUCAAAUUAGAAAUUUGCGUAAAGUUUAUGGGAAAGGCAGAGAUAAAAAAGUUGCUGUUGCUGGUAUGACUUUAAAUAUGUAUGAAGGACAAAUUACAGCCUUGUUAGGCCAUAAUGGUGCAGGAAAAACAACCACAAUGUCCUUGUUGACUGGCUUUUAUCCCCCAACCAGUGGCACUGCUUUUAUUAAUGGCUAUGACAUUCGACAAGAAAUAAGUGAGGUUCGCAACAGUCUAGGUCUGUGUCCACAGCAUGAUAUCCUGUUUGAUAAUCUGACUGUUGAGGAACAUAUCAUCUUUUUUGGAUUGCUGAAAGGUGUGCCCAAGUCUAACAUUAUACCUCAGUGUGAGGAGAUGUUGAAAGAUAUGGAACUAUUUAAUAAGCUGAAGGCUAAGUCAAAGAAUCUGUCUGGUGGAAUGAAGAGAAAACUGUCAGUUUGUAUUGCUCUGAUUGGAAAUUCAAAGGUUGUGUUUCUGGAUGAACCAUCUUCUGGUCUGGAUCCUAAAGCUAGGCGUAACAUCUGGACAGUCUUACAGAAAAACAGAGCAGGUAGAACAAUGGUGCUGAGUACCCAUUUCAUGGAUGAAGCUGAUCAUUUAGGAGAUAGGAUUGCCAUCAUGUCUGAAGGAGUUGUGAAAUGUUGUGGAAGUUCUCUUUUCUUGAAAAAGAAAUAUGGUGCAGGCUAUCAUAUGAUCUUAGUGAAACGUCCAGAAUGUGAUGUCCAAAAGAUCAUUAACAUUGUUUCAAAGUACAUUCCCACAGCUGAACUGGAAAGCAACAUUGGGGCUGAACUUAGUUUUAUUCUUCCCCAGAACUUGGUAUCCAACUUUGAGCCUCUGUUUACUGAGCUGGAACAAAAGCAAGAGGAGCUGGGUAUUAGUAGUUUUGGAGCAUCAGUAACAACAAUGGAGGAAGUCUUUCUCAAAGUUGGUCAAUCUGAUGAUGUGCAAGAAAGGCUCCAGCAGAAAAAAACAGCUAAAACAUCCAUCCCUGAGAAGAAUUCGUCUUUCAAAGUUGAAGACUGUCGCAGCCCUCUCUUGAGAAAUACUUACAACAGUUAUGGGGCCAAUGCUAGUACGCUUGAGAACUCAGUCCCUGACAACUUCAACACUGAUACACUGGGCAGUAACUCCUCUGUCAAUGUUCUGUUAGAAUAUUCUCAAAGUAGCCAAUCCUCCCUCAAUCUAACCAAAAGAUACACCAAGAACACUGGGCUGAAGCUGUAUUUUCAGCAAUUCUGGGCAAUGUUUGUUAAACGAGCUCUGCACACUUUGCGCAACAAACUAGUGACUGUCACUCAGCUGGUGAUCCCCGUCUUCUUCACAGUGAUGGGGCUGGUGGUGCUCAAGACUCUCCCGUCCUUCACUGACAUGCCAGCCCUUAAGCUUGUCACGGACGAGUUUGGUGAGAACUUUGUACCGUAUGCCUAUGGAAACCCUGCAGUGAAAGAAAUGGCUCUGUCCUAUGCACGCCAGUUUGGAAUGCAUUCUUCUUCAGUGACCCAGAGCGUCAACCAAGAGCGAAAUGACAGUAACAUUGUGGAAUAUCUAGCACAUAAAGGAGUUGAAGGCAUAGGUAUUUACAAUCUGAGGUACAUGGUUGCAGCAAGCUUCAAUGGAAGUACAUAUCCUAAAAGUUCAGCAGUGGCCUACUUCAACAAUCAGGCCUACCACAGUAUUGCUGUAUCGUUGAGUGCAUUGUUCAAUGGGUUAUUGGCUUACUUCACCAACAGCUCAGACUACAGUAUUGAAACUUAUAAUCACCCAUUGCCCAGACUUACAAUAAAUAAGAUUCAAGAUGAAGGUGAUGGAAAAGAUUUCACUGGAUUCACGCUUGGCUUUAAUUUGACAUUUGGAAUGGCAUUUUUAGCCAGCAGUUUUGUUCUAUUCCUGGUCAAAGAGAAGACAGUCAAGGCCAAACACAUUCAGUUUGUCAGUGGUGUACAUGCUGUGAACUUCUGGCUCUCCACACUUUGCUGGGAUCUCAUUAAUUUCAUGUUACCCUGCCUGUGCCUCAUCAUAACUUUCUUUGCAUUUUCUAUAACAAACUUUACGGUUGACUUGCACUGGCUGCAGCUCAUUUUUUUUUUCUUCCUGUAUGGCUGGGCUAUGUUGCCCUAUAUGUAUUUGAUGUCAUUUGGCUUCACAGUGCCAUCAACAGCAUAUGUUUGGAUUACAAUGUUUAAUAUUCUAACAGGGGUUGCAACUCUCCUUGUUGUUGUCAUUCUAAGUAUACCUCAGAUUGGACUGCAAGAUGUCUCCAUUGUUCUGGAAUGGAUAUUUUUGGCUGUUUUCCCAAAUUUCUGUCUUUCUGAAGGAGUGUUUCAGUUCUACCAGAAUUACCAGAAUCUGGACAUCUGUAAACCUGUCUAUAAAGCUGAUGCUUGCCCUUACUUUAGGUUUAUGAACUUAACAAAUCCUUGUUGUCCAGACUACUGUGGAGAUUUCUGCCUGUAUUACAACAAAAACUAUUUUGGAUGGGAGAAGAGUGGUAUUGGCAGGAUGCUGACAUUCUUGGCUAUCCAAGGUCUUUUUGUAUGGAUACUCAUUUUUCUAUCAGAAUUUGGACUUUUGCAAAAAAUCUGGUAUAGGUUCAGUGGUGGUGUUUCCUCAUCACCAACAUCUGUAGAUCCCUCACAGAUAUUCAGAGACAUUGUCAUUCAAGAAGAUGAUGAUGUGGCCAGAGAAAGAGCAAGAAUAAAGAACUCAGAUUUCUAUCAACUUUUAAGAUCAGACAAACUUGUAUUAGACAAUUUAACCAAAUACUAUGCUAGUUUUUGUGCUGUGGAUCAUCUAAGUGUAGGAAUACCAGCAGGGGAGUGUUUUGGUUUGCUAGGAAUUAAUGGAGCAGGAAAAUCUAGUACUUUUAUGAUGUUGACUGGUGACUCAAAAAUUAGCAGUGGGCAGGCUUAUUUAGACACCUAUAAUCUUAAGACUCAAAGAGAUUUGGCUCGUAAACAUCUUGGCUACUGCCCCCAGUUUGAUGCUCUUAUUGACCAGUUGACUGGCAGAGAGAUUCUAACACUGUUUGCCAGAUUGAGGGGCAUUAAGGAAUCUUCUAUACCAGAAGCAGUCACUAAUGUGAUGAAAGCCUUAACGUUGUCUCAAUACGCAGAUAAACAAUGUCAGACAUACAGUGGGGGCAACAAACGCAAAUUGAGUACAGCCAUAGCACUAAUUGGUGACCCUGAUGUUGUGUUCCUAGAUGAACCUACAACAGGAAUGGAUCCUGUUGCUCGACGAAUGUUGUGGGAGGUGCUGACUGAGGUCAGAGACAGUGGAAGGACUUUGGUUCUCACCUCACAUAGUAUGGAAGAAUGUGAAGCUCUGUGCACAAGAAUAGCCAUUAUGGUCAAUGGUCAGUUCAAGUGUUUGGGGAGCAUCCAGCACCUGAAAAACAAAUUUGGAGAAGGUUUUACAUUUAGUGCAAAGAUAGCAUACCCUCCUGGUGGAGGUGACCCUGACUUGGGUCCACUGCAGGAGUUCAUGGUGCAGACGUUUCCAGACAGCAAGCUUAAUGAUGUGCAUGACAACAUGGUUAACUACCACAUAAAGCGCACACACUACUCCUGGGCCCAGGUAUUUGGAAUCAUGGAGCGUGCCAAAGAGAGGCUGCAGAUGGAGGACUACCUUGUUAGCCAGACCUCUCUGGAACAGGUGUUCAUAUACUUUGCAAGCAUGCAGGAUAAUCCUGAAGAACACUGAGCCAGCCCUUGGACACCAUGUUGUUUAUGUUGUGCUAUCUCACAGAUCUUCAUUCCCUUCUAUUUAUUGUUUGUAACUUUGUAGUGACAUUAGAGUUUCCCUUUUUCCAAAAUGACUUUUAAGAGUUGAGUGAUUGUCUUGUAAAGGAAAAAAAUGUGAUAUUAACAAAUGUAUAUUUGAUAAAAUGCUUUUUAACAGACACAACAAUAUGUAAAUGUGAUAUUUCUUUAUAUUUAUGGAAUACAUAUUUAUAAUAAUAAUUUGUAUUAAUGUGUAUAUAUUUAUUAUAUACACUGAGCCCAGGUACAACAUUCAAUAAUCCGUUUUGUACAAGUUUAUACACAAUUUUUACAAUGUAACAACUUAAUGAUAGUCCUAUGUUGAAAUCAUUUGUUGUUGCUUAUUGUUGAUCAAAUGUAUUUUGUUACUAGUUAAGGUCAUAACAUUGUGUUUAUUAUCUACCAGAGUUAUAUACAUUAAAAUACCGGUACCAUUUCUUUUGUGACACUAUUUUAUUGCUUCAAAUCUAAAGAGAUUCAUCUAUUUUAAGAUUGUCAGUGCAAAGAAAAAAAUUGGAUUUUUCCCAUGGCUGUUCUUUUAAAGAAUUUUUUGUUUCACUUGAGAGUUUCCUAAUUUUCCAUUUUAUGUAAGUAGUUUCAUGUACUUGAUAGAUUUUGACUUAUAAUGCCUGUGUAAUUCUGUAGCAUAACCACCAUUUUUUGUUCAGGCUGUCCAUCAUACGGUUGUGUGUAAGUCCAAGCAUUAACUAAAACAUUCUAGGUAUAGAAUAUUCUUAAUCCAAAAUUUGUAUUAAACUUCAACGUCUUUAAAAAAAAACAACAGACAUAACUUCUAUUGACAAUAUGUACAGCUUUUGACUUGAAUGAACAUGUAAGUGGAAAUAUCUUGAACAAUUUUUUUACCAAAAAAAGUUCAUCCUCUUUCAUUUGUCUCCAUUUCACCAUCCUAUUUAUAACCUUAACUGAAAUGGACUUAACAGCUAUCAACAUCAAACUCCAUUUGAGUGAGGACUUGAGAGGCUCAAAUCUUCCUCUUGCAAAAGCCCUGGACAUCGGAAUCUAUUCAGCCAAUACAAUACAAAUUAUCUGACAUAACAGUACUCAUACUUAUGACAGAAACAUGAACACACACUCCAUAACACCCACACCAAAACACCCACACCAAAACACCCACACCAAAACACCCACUCCAUAACAAACACACCAAAACACCCACACCAAAACACCCACACCAAAACACCCACUCCAUAACAACCACACCAAAACACCCACACCAAAACACCCGCUCCAUAACAACCACACCAAAACACCCACACCAUCACUAAAGCCUUCACUUAUGUCCCUAACUCCAGCUCAAACUAGUUCCUUUCAUCUGUUUCUUUAAUGUUGCCAAAACCCAGACACAUUAAAAUGUCAGAAGUUUUGCCUCCAGCAAACACCCUCAGGAUUAAGGAUAACUUUACUGUUAAUGGAUUUUCAUCUUUUAUUUUGUCUUGUUUGUUGACCAAUUGCUUUAGGUCACUUGAAGUACUGAAAUGUUUAAAUCUAAGACCAUGUAAAAAAAAUAAAAAUGCUUAUCUUAUUGAAUAAAUGAGUAAUAUUUUA